AAGCAAAAAAAAAAAAAAAAAAAAAAAAAAAAAGGGAGAAUUGUGCUAUUUCUCACAUUUUUUUUUCUAAGGAUCUAAUCUGGCUACUGUGCUCUGGAAGAGGAGGAGAGCGAGCCAGCAGGAGAGAGAGGAGAGAGCGAGGACCAUCGCAGAUAACGAGCCCGCGCCAUGCAGUCCUUUCGAGAAAGGUGUGGUUUCCAUGGCAACCAGCAGAGCUACCAGCCGACUUCACAAGAUACAUCACGCCUGGAGAAUUACAGGCAUCAAAGUCAGGCAGGGCCGAACUGCGAGCGGCAGAGGCUGGUGGCGAAGGAGUACUACAGUCAGCAGCAGCUGCCGUACGCGGGCUAUGAGAACAGCGCCGUGGAGAAAUACCACCGGGGAAACAAGCAAUUAGCGGGGCAGCAGCUGCAGGGCAGGCCGGCCUUUUCCAAUUACACCGUGCAGGAGAACAGCCCUUAUCCGGCCCGGUAUUCCGGGGACGAGAGCCUGCAGGCCUGGGGAGGCCAGCCACAGGCACUGCCCGGUGGUGUGGCCAAGUAUGAGGACAACCUGAUGAAGAAGACAGUGGCGUUGGCGGGCGGGCGGCCGUACCAUGAGCCGGCGGCCACCUCGCUGCCCUUCCGGACUCACUUCCAGCAGCAGCCGCAGCAGCAGCAGCAGCAGCAGCAGCAACAGCAGCAGCAGCAGCCGCCCGCACUCCCCUACCCCAAGCUGCAGCGGCAGAAACUGCCCAACGAUGUCUCCUCACCCAUGCCCUUCUCACAGAGCCCUCACUUCGGGCAGCACUCCCAGUCCUUCCCUGCCUCCUCCACCUACUCCUCGGUGCCGGGGGGCAGCCAGCCCGCACACUCCUACAAGAGCUGCACAGCGCCCUCGGGGCAGCCGCCGCUGGAGCGGCCCCUGGGCAGCGCUGCCAGCCUGGCCCCUGGCCCCCGUGUGCCCAACCUGCACGGCUACCAGCCCAACCGCAUCGGCUACGAGCAGCCCCCACAGCCGCCGCCACAGCCCCCGCAGCCGCCGCCACCGCAGCCCCCACAGCCACCGCAGCCCCCGCAGCCCCCGCAGCCCAUGCAGGGGCGGCAUCACGCCUCAGAGACCCUCCACUACCAAAACCUGGCCAAGUACCAACAUUACAACCAGCCAGGCCAGACCUACUGCCAGGGCGAUGCGCCGCCCGUGCGGACGCCGGAGCAGUACUACCAGACCUUCAGCCCCAGCGCCAGCCACUCGCCAGCUCGCUCCGUCGGCAGGUCCCCGUCCUACAGCUCCACUCCCUCCCCUCUGAUGCCCAACCUGGAGAACUUCCAAUACAGCCAGCAGCCCCUGAGUGCUGGUGCCUUCCCGGCUGGCAUUGCUGACCACAGCCAUUUCAUGCCGCUGCUGAACCCUUCUCCCACUGAUGGGACGAGCCCUGACGCUCAAUCUGGGAACUGCAAAAACUUGCAGAAGGAGAAGCUGCCCGAAAACCUGCUGUCAGACCUGAGCCUGCAGAGCCUGACAGCACUCACCUCCCAGGUGGAGAACAUUUCUAACACUGUCCAGCAGCUGCUACUCUCCAAAACGGCUGUGCCCCAGAAAAAGGGCAUCAAGACCCCAGCGAGGACCCCUGAGCAGCUCAAGGGGCAGCACUGCAGUCCUGAGAGCAGCACCUACUCAGCAGAGCAGGUGGGGACCCCCCUGUCUGACCCACUGAGCACCCCCCAGUCUGUCCACGCUGAGACACAGGACACUGACUAUCUCAGUGGGUCAGAGGACCAGCUGGAGAGGAGUUUCCUGUACUGCAACCAGAACCGCAGCCCUGCCCGCGUCAACAGCAACUCCAAGGCAAAGCCUGAGUCGGUGUCCACCUGCUCUGUGACCUCCCCAGAUGACAUGUCCACCAAAUCAGAUGACUCUUUCCAGAGUAUCCAUGCCACCCUGCCCCUGGAGACCUUCACCAAGUAUGUGAGCAAUGAACGGGACUGCCCCCGACUGCUCCUCAGUGCCCUGUCCCAGGAGGAGCUGGCUUCUGAGAUCAUCGUCCUGCAGGAUGCCAUCAAUGAGAAGGCAGACAAAGCCUGGGCCAACUUGCCCAUGCUGGGAAAGGAGACCACCAAGUCGCCCUUCCAGAUGGAGAACCACCGGCCCAGCCUGGACUCCAUGGUGAAAGGUGCCUGGCCCAGCCAGGGUGACUCCAGCACGCUCACCGAGCCCCUCAAGCUGGACAAAGCUUCAGGGGCCAGCACAGGGAAGGACUUUAGUGAGGAGGUGUACGAGGGUCCCCAGGUGGAGUUCACAGCCACCGAAAGCAAGGAUGUGCUGAAGGACACUGCCCCACUGGCCUUCAACUCCAAGCCCAGCAUCCCGGCAGCGACGUCCAGCGCAGGAGCCACCGGCUACAGCUGCUACUCAAACACCACCGCCAACUCGGUGGCGUCUGAGAAUGCCAUGGAGCAUUUCGAGUGGCCGGAGGAGAGCCUGGGUGAGGCCUGCCUGAGGUGGAAGGAUCUCCAGGCCACCGACCUCCCCAAGGGCUUGUUCCCCAGCAAAUUGGUGAGCUCCUGCAAGGAGAAAAAAAACGCCUGCGGCUUGGACCUGUGCGAUGGAGAGCAGCCAGCCAAGAGUGAGCCGGUCCAGGACUUUGGCCAGCAGGUGAUGGGGGAGGAGGAGGAGACACUGACCUACGAUGAAGCAACAAAGGCAGACAGCGAGAGGUGGCUGCAGGACACCCGGCACUGCUGCUCAGCUGGGGACUUUAGUGAGAUCCCCAUCAUCUCCUCUCCGGAUCUGAAGGAGUCAGACCUGGAGGCAGAGGAGUACUCCUCACUCUGUGAGCUGGCUGGCUCAGAGCAGAAGUCAGUGACGUACGAUGCCUCACCACCCAAGCCCCCGGAGAUACCGGCUGUGCUGUCCUCCAGCGAGGUGCCUGUGUCUGCCGAGGAGACCGUCAGCACGGUGGAGAAGGAGAGCUCAGCUCCCACCCCACGCCUCUCUGGCCAGUCUGUCAUCCUGCUGGGCCCCGCUGUGGGCACAGAGACCAAGGUGAAAAGCUGGUUCAAAUCCUCCCUGCCCCACAUCCAGCCUGAGGAGGAGAAUGGUGGAGGGGAGACAUCCCACCUGGAGGCGGCCGACGCUGAAUCCGCCUCGUCGGUCAUGGUGAAGCAGCAACUCACGCCCGAAAACGUGCUGGGGAAGAUGGAGCCUGUCUCACGGGGCAAGAGCCUCCGCAACAAGAGGGUCCACUGCCGGCUGCCGGAGGGGGAUGGUGCCGGCAGCACCGUGCUGAGUCCCUUCGAUGAGCUGCCAGCAGCCAGCAGCGUGGCCGGCGCCUGCCUGGGGCCAGACGGACAGACGGAGGUACCGAGCAAGAGCGCCCAGAGCCAAACCCCCCGGUUCCCAGCCGAGGGGCUGCCGGCACGCAUGUGCACCCGCUCCUUCACCGCCCUGGCCGAGCCCCGCGCCCCUGCCCCGCUGGAGGGACUGAAGGCCCCCGCGCACCAGGAGAAGCUGGGGAAGAAGCCCGGCUGUGGCGUGAAGCAGAGGGUGGCUUUCAAAACCAGGAAGCGCAACAGCCGGCCGGGCCCCAGGGUGGUCCAAAAUGCCAGUGAUGCCACCCUCCUGGUGCCCGGCUUGGUGGCGGCGGAGGAGGUGGCAGGGCCAACACCGCUGGAGGGGGAUGCGGUGGAAGCCGGGGAGAGGGACCAGCGGUCCAUGAUCCUGCGCUCCCGCACAAAGACACAGGAGGUUUUCUACACCAAGCGGCAGAGGGGCAAGCGGGCAGCUGAUGUCCGGCUGAAGAACUGCAAGGCACCCAAAAAGCUCAUAUCCAACAACCACCUCCCACCUGCCUUCAAGCUGCCAGCACCGGGCAGCCCCCACAAGGAGGGCAAGGUGGGUGCCCGGAUGAAGCUGCCCAAAGCAGGGCCGGGCGUGGGGGGCAAGAUGUCGGAGAGGCCGCUGCACUCACUGAAGAGGAAGUCCACCUUCAUCUCCCCCAUCCCCACCAAGAAGAGGAACCUGGUCCUGCGGAGCAACAGCGGUGGCGUGAAGGAGGAGAAGCCAGAGGGUCCCCCCAGCCUUUUCAAAAAAAUGCCGGUGGCCAAGAAGGUGAAAGCCAAGCUGCCCCCCAAGAGCUCUGGCGAAGCCAUCCCGAAGCCCCCCCUGCCUAAGGAGGCCCCUGAUGUCUGCAUCAAGAUCACCUCCCGGGCAGCCUUCCAGGAGGCCACCAAGACCAAAGUGCUGCCUCCCCGCAAGGGCCGUGGCCUCAAGCUGGAGGCCAUCGUCCAGAAGAUCACCUCACCCAACCUGAAGAAGUUCACCUGCAAACCAGCAGCCACAGCAGUGGCAGCCACAGUAGCUGCCUAUGGCUCCUCCCUGAGCCCGGCUGGAGCGGAGCGGGAGCGGAUGGUGAAGCACAGUGGGGUGGCUGUGGCAGUGGGCGAUGCCAGGCUGCCCAAGCUGGGGGCAGCACAGAAGGUGCCCACCAUGCCGGUGGCUGAGCCGCUCUGCCGGAACCCCAAUGGCCGAGCACCAAAGGGGAAGCCGGGUGGUGGGAAGAAGCUGCCCCAUGACGGCUGCCAGGGGGAGGCUUGUGGGUCAACGCCGGGCACCCAGUCCAGCCCCAACAUGGUGGCCAAGAACCUGGGGCUCCUCCCCAAGAAGAGGAACCGCAAGGGCAAAGCAGCAGCGCUGGGCAUGGCCAAGGCGCCCCUGAGCCCUCCACUGCCACCAGCACUGCCCCGGGAACGUGUAGCCGGCCCGGGCGGUGCGGAGGAGGCGCCGCGGGAGAAGAAACCAAAGACUGAGGAGAAGGAGGCGGGGAGCAGCGAUGGCCCUCCCGAGGGCCGCUCCGCCGCCGGGCCGGCGCGGGGGCCGAAGCCGCGGGCCAACCACUCCAACUACAACGGCUACUCCAAGCGGCAGCGGAAGCGUCUGGGCCACGGCAAGGCCAAGGCGGUGCCCGCGCGGUGCAAGAGCCGCGGGAAGCGGCGGCGGCAGCCCCAGCAGGCCCCGCUGCUGCACCCCGCCGAGCCCGAGAUCCGGCUCAAGUACAUCUCCUGCAAGCGGCUGCGGGCGGACAGCCGCGCCCCGCCCUUCGCUCCCUACGUCCGCGUGGAGCGGCGCGGAGAGUUCUCCACCUCCUGCACCGUCGUCAACUCGCCCGGCGACGAGGCGCGGCUGCAGCGGGGACCGGCCGGGCCGGCGCCGCGGCCGCGGGCGGCCCUGCCCGCCUCCUCCACCAUGCACAUGGGGCCGGUGGUGUCGAAGGCGCUGAGCGCCGCGUGCCUGGUCUGCUGCCUCUGCCGCAACCCCGCCAAUUACAAGGACCUGGGGGACCUCUGCGGGCCUUACUACCCCGAGGACUGCCUGCCCAAGAAGAAAUCCCGGCUGAAGGAGAAGGCGCGGGCGGAGGGGCCGGGCGAGGACUCCGCCGUGCCCGCCGCGGCCGAGCGGGCGCCCCGCGGGACUGAGGGCGGCUGCGGCGGGAAGGCGGCGCGGCCCGAGGGGGCCGCCGAGGCGGCCAAGCAGAGCUCGCUGCGCUCCAGCCCGCGGGGCAUGUUCCGUCGGCUGCAGAGCUGCUACUGCUGUGACGAGAGGACAGAGGGCGAGGAGGCGGCCGAAAAGCCCCGGCGGCACGAAUGUCACAAGGCCGAAUCGCCGCCGCAGGAGCCGGCGGGCGACACGCAGGAGCACUGGCUGCACGAGGCCUGUGCCGUAUGGACCGCUGGGGUUUUCCUGGUGGCAGGGAAGCUCUAUGGGCUGCAGGAGGCUGUCAAGGCGGCUGCCGACCUGAAGUGCUCGAGCUGCCAGCAAGCAGGAGCCACCGUGGGCUGCUGCCAGAAGGGGUGUCCCCACACCUACCACUACGCGUGUGCCAUCGACACAGGCUGCUUAUUAACUGAGGAGAGCUUCUCUCUGAGAUGUCCCAAACAUAAGAGGCAGCCGGUGUAGCGCCCGCGGACACCCGCCCCGCCGCCAGCGAGGGACCGGCAGAGGAGGCAGCGCCUGGAGCAGAGCGGGGCC